UCCCCCUCCCCCCUCCCUUCCUCCUCUCGGGCUCUCCCUCCUUCCCGCCCUCCCCUCUCCCCACUCCGUGCUCCUCUCUCGCGCCCACACUUUCUUUCUCACACACGCACGCAGACACAUUCUCCCUCUCUGCGCGCUCGCCCUCGGUCUCCCUCUCUCCCUCUUUCUCUUUCACUUUUGCUUGCCCUGCAACCUUUUAAAAUGUUGCCCCUUCCCUGUGAUUCGCCAGCCGCCGCGCCGCGGCCCCCCGCGCGCUCGCCCGCUCCCUCUCUCGCCCGCUUUUUGUCUCUCGCGCUCCCUCUCCCCUCCUCCGAUUUGCUACACUGAGGCUCCCGUCAAUGGACUGCAUUGAGAGCCGGCUCCGGCGCGAGUUGCCUCUCCGCUUCACGCUCGAUUUCCAGGCAUUCUUCCCUUAUUAAGUAUUCGUGUAAUAUUAAUAGUCAUGAAUAUCUGCUAUUAGCAGGCUCCAGGAACGCUGCCCAGCGCGGUUAUUAGAAGCUCAAGCGAAGCCGCCGCUAAGAAAAGAGGGGGAGACACGGAUUAAGGAACACGCGCGCGCGCGCGCACACACACACACACACACACACACACAGACACACACACACACUUCUUGCUUUUUGCCUUUUUGGGGUUUUUCAUUUUUUAAGGAACUUUGAAUCCUACCCGCUCACGGCAGGAUAGAGACCGUGGGUUCGACCAGCUGAAGGCGCCGCUCGAAUCGGUGGUUCAAGUUCGGAUGGACCAGAGCGGGGCUCCAGCGCUCGGGGGAGCGGCGCCGUGACCGGAGUCCCGGGUGGCGCGGGGCUCUCGGCGCCUUUUGUGUGGGGCGCGCUCGGGCAGCGGGGCAGCCGGGCUCUCCGGGCUUGCUUGUUGUUUUCCACCCUGACUCGUUACCCCAGACUCUUCGCAGAUGUUAGUUCACAGUUUUUCAGCUAUGGACCGUCACGACGGCACCAGCAACGGGACGGCACGGUUGCCCCAGCUGGGCACUGUAGGUCAAUCUCCCUACACGAGCGCCCCGCCGCUGUCCCACACCCCCAAUGCCGACUUCCAGCCCCCCUACUUCCCCCCGCCCUACCAGCCUAUCUACCCCCAGUCGCAAGACCCUUACUCCCACGUCAACGACCCCUACAGCCUGAACCCACUGCACGCCCAGCCGCAGCCGCAGCACCCGGGCUGGCCCGGCCAGAGGCAGAGCCAGGAGUCUGGGCUCCUGCACGCGCACCGGGCGCUGCCCCACCAGCUGUCGGGCCUGGAUCCCCGCAGGGACUACCGGCGGCACGAAGACCUCCUGCACGGCCCCCAUGGGCUCGGCUCAGGACUCGGAGACCUCCCGAUCCACUCCUUACCUCACGCCAUCGAGGACGUUCCGCAUGUAGAAGACCCGGGUAUUAACAUCCCAGAUCAAACUGUAAUUAAGAAAGGCCCCGUGUCCCUGUCCAAGUCCAACAGCAACGCCGUCUCCGCCAUCCCCAUCAACAAGGACAACCUCUUCGGCGGCGUCGUGAACCCCAACGAAGUCUUUUGUUCAGUUCCGGGUCGUCUCUCGCUCCUCAGCUCCACCUCGAAGUACAAGGUCACGGUGGCGGAAGUACAGCGGCGCCUCUCACCGCCGGAGUGUCUCAACGCUUCGCUGCUGGGCGGAGUGCUGCGGAGGGCGAAGUCUAAAAAUGGAGGAAGAUCUUUAAGAGAAAAACUGGACAAAAUAGGAUUAAAUCUGCCAGCAGGGAGGCGUAAAGCUGCCAAUGUCACCCUGCUCACAUCACUAGUGGAGGGAGAGGCCGUCCACCUCGCCAGGGACUUUGGGUAUGUGUGCGAAACUGAAUUUCCUGCCAAAGCAGUAGCUGAAUUUCUCAACCGACAACAUUCCGAUCCCAAUGAGCAAGUGACAAGAAAAAACAUGCUCCUGGCUACAAAACAGAUAUGCAAGGAGUUCACCGACCUGCUGGCUCAGGACCGAUCUCCCCUGGGGAACUCGAGGCCCAACCCCAUCCUGGAGCCCGGCAUCCAGAGCUGCUUGACCCACUUCAACCUCAUCUCCCACGGCUUUGGCAGCCCGGCGGUGUGCGCCGCGGUCACGGCCCUGCAGAACUAUCUCACCGAGGCCCUCAAGGCCAUGGACAAAAUGUACCUCAGCAACAACCCGAACAGCCACACGGACAGCAGCGCCAAAAGCAGUGACAAAGAGGAGAAACACAGAAAGUGAGGCGCUCCUCCUGCCCCGCCCCCUGCCCGCGCCGCCUCCCCGGCCCCAGCGCGCCCACCCACUCCAUCUCCAUCUCCAUCAUCUCCAUCUGCAUCAUCUCCAUCUCCAUCUGCAUCAUCUCCAUCUCCAUCUGCAUCAUCUCCAUCUCCAUUUCCAUCUGCAUCAUCUCCAUCUCCAUCUCCAUCUCCAUCACCCCCCACCGAUCACCACCGGCAGGUGACAGCUCCGGGAUCAGCAACCCCCCACUGCUGCUACUGCUGCUGCUGCUGCCGCCGCUGCCGCCACCGCCUUCGGUCCGGAGUCUCGGGGUCCCGGGGACGGCGCUCCACUGUGAGCGGGGCGACCCCGCAGUCUCAGGCCCCGGCCCCGACUUCCUCCAUCAGCACCAACUCCCCUUUGCCCUCGUGUGGAGCCUAAGAGAACAGAACAGGCCGUGAAGCCAGCAAAGAAAAGUUCUGUCGGAGUUUGUGAACCUUUUUUUUUUUUUUUUAAACUAACAAAUCAACAACGACAACAAAAAAAAAUUUAAAACUUUUUUUUUUUAGAAAAAAGAACGUAAAAAUUAAAAAAAAAUUAUAUGAGCUUCAUGGGACGGAAUCACCACCUUCUCUUACAUGCUUCAGAUUGUAGCCAUACUAAAAAAAAAGAAAAAGAAAAAAAAAAGGCAAAAAAGGCUAAUGACAUUUUUAUCAGUAUUGUGAAUAAACUUGAACACAGAUACUCGAAGUUCCAUGUCUUGUCUUCAGUUCUAGAAGUUUUCCCUCUUCAAGGUAAAGCGACCAACUUGAACUCUCUCUGGCAACACGAUUCACAGUUCUAUAAGGGAAUCAGUGUUCACGUCUCUGUAUAUAUUUAUUUAUGUGUAAUUUAAUGGGAAUUGUAAAUAUGGUGAGUCUGUUUUAAGCCUUUUUUUUUUUAAUUUAUCUGGUGAUCUCGUUUACCUCUUGUUUAGUGGGUUUUGAAUCUUCCCUAUUAGUUCUUCAUGUGGUUCAUGGUACUUAUUUAGGAAUCCAAGGUUUGGGGGAUUUUUUUUCCUCUGGUAUUCAUGAAUUUAGCCCUGUUGUAGCAUGUUAAAAAUGACAAUGAAACAGCUGAACAAAUAAAAAAAGUAAAAUAAAAUUUUAUAAAUAAUUAGUAUUGCAUUUAGCUUUUCAUUGAACUGAAAGAAAAAAGUGCUAUUGGACCCUGGAAAGAUUUUUAACUUGAGUGGUUUGAUAACCGUUCUAUGUAUUGUGGGGAGAAAAAAAAAGUUUAUUUUAUUCCACUGUCCUCCCUUAAAAGCAUCAUUUGAGCAAUAAAUGAGUAUUGUCUUUAAACCAAGGGUUAGGGAUUCCCCCCCCCCCCCUUUUUGUUCAAAGAACUUCAAACAUUUGGGACCACCUGGUAUUCUGUAUUUUCACUGGCCAUUUUGGAAGCAGUUCUAGCUGUAUUGUACUGAGUUGUGCUGGCAGUAGUUUCCAUGCCUGUCAAUGUAUCAUAGUCCUUUGUUGCCCAGAUAAAUAAAUAUUUGAUACGCUUUAUGUCGAUUUUUUUUAUUCAGUGGCUGUCUUUACCCAGGCGUAUUUUUGUUCUUGGCAGUAUUUUUUAUUCAGUAUGGUUACAGUAAUUGAGUUUAACUCUCCCUUGGCAAUUGCUCCUUGCAAUAAGCAGCUGAACCCAUUGUUUCCCUCAAGUAUAAUAAAAACUUACUUUCAACUUGGAGUUCAGAGCAGGGUAUCAUUUAGAUAUUCCACUGAGUCUGUAUUCAGACAAAUGACACAAUAAAACCCAAUGUAUUCUUUUGGAUAAAAGAUUGUUUGUACUGCUAAAGGAAUGACAUACUAUCUUUUCCUUACUAGAAACAUUA